AUGGCAUCUGAAUCCACCAUGCAGGCCCCCAUUUGUCUUGUGGAAAACGAGAAGGAGCAGCUGGCAGUGAAUCCAGAAGCAUUGCAGAUUCUUGAAAACAUUUCACAACCUGUGGUGGUGGUGGCCAUCACAGGAAUAUAUCGUACAGGGAAGUCCUAUCUCAUGAAUCGUCUUGCAGGAAGGAAUUGUGGCUUCCCUCUGGGCUCCACGGUGAGAUCUAAAACCAAGGGCAUCUGGAUGUGGUGUGUACCCCACCCAAUCAAGCAAAACCACACCUUGGUCCUUCUGGACACUGAGGGCCUGGGUGAUGUGAAAAAGAGUGACCCUAAGAAUGACUCAUGGAUCUUCGCCCUGUCUGUGCUUUUGAGCAGCGCCUUUGUCUACAACAGCAUGAGUACCAUCAACCACCAAGCCCUGGAACAGCUGCACUAUGUCACUGAACUAACACAGCUGAUAAGGGCAAAAGCCUCUGUAACACCCGGUGAAGGUGAAGACUCCACCGAUUUUGUGAGUUUCUUUCCAGACUUUGUUUGGACUGUUCGGGAUUUCACCCUGGAGAUGAAGAUAGAGGAAUGCACAAUCACGGAAGAUGAAUACCUGGAGGAUGCUUUGAAGCUGAUUUCAGGCAAGAAUCCCAAAACUCCAAAUUCCAACAUGCCCAGAGAGUGCAUCAGGCAUUUCUUUCCAAAACGGAAGUGCUUUGUCUUUGACCGGCCAACAAAUGACAAAUCUCUAUUAUUUAGUAUGGAGAAAGUGACAGAAGACCAGUUGGAUAAAAAUUUCCAGACUCAGUCAGCAAAGUUCUGCUCUUAUAUCUUCACCAACGCAAAGACCAAGACCCUGAGAGGGGGCAUCGUUGUCACUGGGAGCAGACUUCGGACUUUAGUGGUGACUUACGUGGAUGUCAUUAAGAAAGGAGAGGUGCCCUGUUUGGAGAAUGCAGUGACAACUCUGGCCUGGCUUGAGAACUCAGCAGCUGUGCAGAAGGCAGCCGACCACUACAGCCAUCAGAUGGCCCAGCGACUGAGGCUUCCCACAGACACACUCCAGGAGCUGUUGGAUGAGCAUACGGCCUGUGAGAAGGAAGCCAUUGCAGUGUUCAUGGAGCGCUCCUUCAAGGAUGAAAAUCAGGAAUUCCAGAAGCAGCUUGUGGUAACCAUAGAGAUAAAGAAGGAAGAUUUCUUAGAGCAAAAUGAAAGGGCAUCUCUCGAGUAUUGCCAGGCUGAGCUUGAGAAGCUUUCAAAACCCCUGAUGAAAACCCUGUCAGAAGGAACUUUUUUUGCUUCUGGAGGACACAAGCUAUACUUAGAAGCAAAGAAAAAGUUUGAACAAGACUAUAACAUAGUGUCCAGGAAAGGAGUUAAGGCAAACGAGGUCCUCCAAAAUUUCCUGAAGUCUCAGGCAACAGUAGAGGAAUCCAUUCUGCUGUCAGACAAAGCCCUUACCACUGAAAAGAAGGCCUUAGAAGUGGUGAGAGCAGAGAAGGAAAAAGCUGAGCGGGAACGAGAACAGCUAAGACAGAAAGAGGAGGAGCAAAAGCAAAAGAUGAAGGCUCAAGAGAGAAGUCACCAAGAAAAUAUAGCCCAUCUGAGAGAGAAGUUUAAGAAGGAUCAAGAAAACUUUGUGAUAAUGUUGAAAAGUAUGCUGGAGCAUUACCUAAAGGUCCAAGAUGAACUGCUUACUGAAGGGUUUAAAAAGAAAGCUGCAGAAUUGAAUGCAGAGAUAAAUCGACUAAAAAAAGAGAUUGAAGCAGCUAAAAAAAAUGAGCAGUUGUCACAGAAAAUUGAGAUGGCUGGGAAAGUGUUAAUUGCUGCACUACCUGAAAUUAUUAAGUUAGCUAGUGAAGGGAAGAAAAUGCUCAAGAAUUAAAUAGACAAAUUUUCUGUUAAUGACAUUCAAAAGACAAAAUUACUUUUGAUUAAAAUAAUUUAAAGAAAUGGGAAACAAGUGAGAAAAUAUAAUGGAAGAAAAUACCAAAUUUGCACUACUAUCAACAUAAAUGCUUCUGAAAAAAAUGUAUAAGGAAUGUUUUAAAUUUGUAUAAAAAUAUGUUAAAUGUUACUGAAAACACACAACAAAAAAUGUAUAACUAUAGAUCAAAGUAAAUAUAUCAAUUCUUAAA